AUGACGAUGUCCGAUCUUCCUGCGGAUUUGGUGGAGGAAAUACUCUCUAGGGUUCCGGCCACAUUUCUAAAACCAUUACGAUCAACUUGCAAAGGAUGGAAAGCUUUAUUCAAAACGCCAAGAUUCGCCGAGAAGCACUUUCGUAAUGCUCCAAAGCAGUCUCAUGUUGUCAUGUUGAAGAACUCUAGGGUUUUUCCAAUGAACGUAGAUCUCAACGUUGUUCCUCCAUCUAUAGAGUUUAAAGAUGCACUUGAUCUAAAGUGUUCCCUUCGUAAUUCAGAACAACUCGAUAUAGCUGACGUUUUUCACUGCGACGGAUACGGAAACAACAAAUCUGGCCACAGCUACAAAAUCUUGAUGUAUUGGAAUUGUGGUUUUGAUAGAUUUGAAAUCAAUGAGUUUAGCUCUAAUUCAUGGAGAGUUGUUAAUACUCCCAAUUGCAUCGCGGCAAGAUAUACCGGCGUGACUUUGAAGGGAAAUACUUACUGGAUUGGUGUUGACGAUGAUGACAAAAUCGACUACUUGCUCAGUUUUGAUUUUACAGGAGAGAGAUUUAGACGUCUGUGUCUUCCCUCAUUUAUGAAAAUUGGUGAGGUUAUGGCUCUAUCAGUUGUUAGAGAGGAAAAACUCUCAGUCUUACAUCACAGCUCUGGUACAUCAAAGGUGGAGAUGUGGGUGACCAAUAAAACUGACACUGAAGCAGACUUUUCAUGGAGCAAGUCUUUUGCAGUGGACUUAGAUGGAAAUAUGGAUAAUUGUCGUUAUGCUUUCACGAGUCUUAUAAUCGACGAGGACAAGAAAGUGGCCUUGUGUUGUAACUCAUUUUAUGACCCCGGCAGGAGGGAGGUGCUCGAGAUGAUGGAACCAUGCUGUCAAUGCUCAAGCGUCAAAGACAGGGUUCCAGCCGCAUCUUUGAAACGAUUACGAUCUACUUGCAAACGAUGGGACUGUUUAUUCAAAGAGCCAGGAUUCACCGAGAAGCACUUUGGUAAAGCUCCAAAGCAGUCUCAUGUUCUCGUGUUGAAGGAAUCUAGGCUUUGUCCAGUGAUCGUCGAUCUCAACGUUAUUCCUCCAUCUAUAGAGUUUAGUGGUGCCCUUGACCUAAAGGAUUCUCAUUCUUAUUCAGAACAAGUCGAUAUAGCUCAAGUUUCACACUGCGACGGUUUGUUGUUAUGCAUCACCAACGACCAUAGACAUAGACCCCUGGUUUGGAAUCCAUGUUCAGGGGAAACAAAGUGGAUCCAACGCAAAAAUGGUUACAAGAGACAAUCUAGGUUUUCUCUAGGAUACGAAAACAACAAAUCUGGCCGCGACUACAAAAUCUUGAUGCAUCGUUAUGGUUGGGAAAGAGAAGACAUGGUUGGUGGAUUUGAACUCUAUGAGUUAAGCUCAAAUACAUGGAGAGUUUUGAAUCCUCCCAAGUGGGUCAGACAAAAUGAUGGUAGCGUGACGUUGAAGGGAAAUACUUAUUGGAUUUCUGUCGCUGAUGUCGAAGACAAAUGCUUAGUCAGUUUUGAUUCUACAAGAGUAAUAUUUGGACGUCUGUGUCUUCCCCCAGCUCACAAGCGUUUUUAUAUCGCUCUGUCAGUUGUUCGAGAGGAAAGACUCUCAGUGUUACAUUACAGUUGUGACACUCACACUGUCUCGGAGAUGUGGCUUUAUUCACGCUUUACAAUCUAUUGGAAUUUGAUCGUAUCGAUUAUUCCUGUGACCUUUGAUAAAAUGGCCUCAGAGACUCCUCGAAUCGCUAAAGAUGUCACUGAAUUAAUAGGUAACACUCCGUUAGUGUAUCUGAACAAAGUGACCCAAGGUUGUGUGGGCCAUGUUGCUGCUAAGCUAGAGAUGAUGGAACCAUGCUCAAGCGUCAAAGACAGGAUUGGUUAUAGCAUGAUUGCUGAUGCAGAAGCUAAAGGUCUUAUCAAACCAGGAGAAAGUGUGUUGAUUGAGCCAACAAGUGGAAACACCGGAGUUGGGUUAGCGUUUACAGCAGCAGCAAAAGGAUACAAGCUAGUGAUCACAAUGCCAGCUUCAAUGAGUAUAGAGAGAAGAAUCAUUCUCUUAGCAUUUGGAGCUGAGCUUGUUCUUACUGAUCCGGCUAAAGGCAUGAAAGGAGCCGUUGCAAAAGCAGAGGAGAUUUUGGCCAAAACUCCUAAUGGUUACAUGCUUCAACAGUUUGAGAAUCCUGCUAACCCAAAGAUCCAUUAUGAGACUACUGGACCUGAGGUAUGGAAAGGUUCUGGUGGGAAAGUUGAUGGCUUUGUUUCUGGUAUUGGUACUGGUGGUACCAUAACUGGUGCUGGAAAGUAUCUCAAGGAACAGAAUCCAAACAUAAAGCUGUAUGGUGUUGAGCCUGUUGAAAGCUCUAUUCUUUCCGGUGGAAAGCCAGGCCCACACAAGAUUCAAGGUAUAGGUGCUGGUUUUAUUCCAGGCAUUUUGGAUGUUGAGCUUAUAGAUGAAGUUGUUCAGGUUUCAAGUGAAGAAUCCAUUGACAUGGCAAGGCUUCUUGCUAAGGAAGAGGGUCUACUAGUGGGGAUCUCAUCAGGAGCAGCAGCUUCCGCAGCAAUCAAACUUGCAAAGAGGCCAGAAAAUGCUGGCAAGCUUAUAGUGGCGGUGUUCCCAAGUUUUGGGGAAAGAUAUCUAUCGACUGUACUGUUUGAUGCAACAAGGAAAGAGGCAGAGACGAUGACCUUUGAGCCCUGA